AUGACUCGCUACCUUACACUCCUGGCCACACUUGGCGCCGUUUCUCAUGCCGCCGAGCAGGUUGACCUACCCCCUGACGAGCCUCGUCAUAUUCUGGCUCAGAGUGUCUUGCAAGAUGGUGCCUGGAUCCCCAACCUAGAAAGGGCCUCGGCCGCGGGACUCUGUGACGACAAGGGGUUCGAUGAAAACCCGCCGUUGUCGCUCCCCAAACGGGCCACCGUCGCGGAUCUCAAGUGGCAGCCGGCCCUCGACUUUGACACGGACAGCUGCUACAACGUCCCCGCCAUCGGCCCGGACGGCCAUAUCGAUCAGGGCCGGUCCCGGCAUGAGACAAACACCGACGGUUGCCGAGACGAACGCGACCUGGACAACAGCAACGUCUACUCGCGGGCGCGGUGCAACGCAAACGGCUGGUGCGCGCACCUCUACGACUACUUCUUCGAAAAAGAUAUUGGGGACCGCCUGUGCAUCGGCCACCAGUACGACUGGGAGCACAUUGUCGUGUGGACCAAGAACGGCACGCCGAGGAUGGGUGCCGUCUCGGCCCACGGCCGCUACAACGCGCGGCUCUGGCACGACAUCCCCAAGUACGAGGACACCCACGUCAAGGCCGUCUACAACAAGGACGGUGCCAUUGGGACGCACUACUUUCGCUGGUCGCAAGGCCUGCGCGACGAGCCGCCCGAGAACCACAAGCGCCUGUGGUGGAGGUCAGACCUCGUCUCUUGGAACGGCUUCCCGAGCCUCGAGCUGCGCAACAAACUAGCGAGCUACGACUUUGGCGCGGCGCACAUGGCCAUCACGGACGCGGCUCUCGCGGGGAACCUGAGGCGGUCGGUCGAGGGCAUCCGCGGCCGAAUCCCGGACUUUGACUUUGACUUUGACAUGGACGAGAGCACAUCCCCGUGA